AACGCGAAUCUUUUAGGUUAAGUAAAUUGUUUGCUAUCGCAUUCGCCAAAACAAGAAAGUUUUUCUCAUUCCGUGAUUUCCCACAACGCAGAAAAUUUAAUAAAUAACCCUUCAAUCGUAAAUGUAUUUCCUGGCAAAUUUUGGUGCGAUAUAAUUCUGAAACCGCGAUGGUGACGAAAUAUUCAGUUCGAUAUGUACUGUUGUUUCCAUGGUGCGGGCCUGACCCGAAAGAUACUAGAAGUGCUCGCUGUAUGUCCUGUAACAAAUCGUAUAAGAUAGACACGAUGGGAAAAGCGGCUUUUAUUAGCAACGAGAAAUCUAAAGGUCACCAAAUAAUUAUAAAAAUGCAGAGCUCUAACACACUUAUGACCCAUUAUGUUGACUCCAAAGAAGCACCGAAAACUGACGAUUCAACGCAAAAUCUCUGCAGUAUAAAUUCUACAAUCGUUGAACCAAGUGAACGUGAUCCUACUAUUUGUUUGAAUAGUAUUAUUCCAGACACAGUUUGCACACCUUCAAGAAGCGCAGGUGCGACAAUGAAAAAAUAUGUGCUGAAAGAAGCAGUCACAAAGGCAGAGAUUUCGUGGUGUUUUCAUACCAUUGCAACGCACAGUUCAGCCCUUAGCGCUGGAACAGCGGCUUCUGUAUUUAAAGCAAUGUUUCCAGACAGUGAUAUUGCGGCAAGCUUUGAGCUUGGGCGAACUAAAAUUGGUUACUUGAUUACCUAUGGACUAGCACCAUAUUUUUCCCAAAAGAUUCUCGGAGUACUGACUCAACUUUCGGAGUUCGUCGUAGGAUUCGACGAAAGCCUUAACAAAAUCGCUCAAAAACAGCAAAUGGACAUCGUGGUUCGGUACUGGUGCACUCAAAAAAAUGAGGUUGUUUCCAGAUAUGUGGGUUCAGCUUUUCUCACGUCAACACGGGCUAAAGAUCUUCUUCAAGGAUUGAAAAUUCAAUUCAACGAGAACCCAAGCGUUUUGAACAACAUAAUACAAAUUUCAAUGGAUGGACCGAACGUUAACUUUUGUUUACUUAAAGAACUGAACAAAGAGAUACAAGAGAAUCGAGGGGAUUCUUCUUCACCUAUCCUGAGUAAGCUUCGGACUUCACGCCGUUCAUAAUUCGUUUAAAACUGGUAUGAAAAAAACGGCUUGGGAUUUAGAUGAUUUUAUAUUCGCUUUGUAUCGGCUUUCAAGGAUGUUCCACUGAGAAGAGCGGAUUAUACGGCUGUGACGGGAUCUUCUAUUCUUCCGCUGAAAUUUUGUGGAGUAAGAUGGGUAGAAAACCAGCGAGUAAGUGAAAGAGCACUCCAAAUGCUUCCGUACUUGAAGAAAUACAUUGCCGCUAUCAAACGUCAGGAAGAGACCAAAAUGAAGCCCAGUCACCCAGACUACAAAAGAAGUUUCGCCUCGCUCCUUAAAACUAGAUGCUACAAUAUUGUAGAUAAUGCGGUGACAGAUCAGCUACUAGCCCCAAAACUUACGUUUUUCAUAUCAGCAGCAGCCCUGGUAGAACCGUUUUUGACCAAAUUUCAGGCUGAUGCACCCUUGGCCCCUUUUUUAUUUGAUGCGUUAAAUGAACUCAUUAGAACGAUGAUGGAGCGAAUUCUUAAGCCAGAUUACAUCGAGAAAGUAAAAUGUGUGACCGAUGUAGAUGUUAACGAAAACCAUUUGAUUCCAAGCCUACAAAUUGACGUUGGAUUUGCUGUCAAAGCAUCACUGAAGACAGUGAAUAAAAAUGGCAAAUUAAAUCACAAACAAAUGCUACUGUUUCGCGAUAGCUGCCGCUCAUUUUAUUCGGGUUUUAUCGAAAAAAUUGUUGAUCGCAGCCCUCUCACACAUGCACUAUCUCGCUUCAUCACUUGCGUUUUACCAGAUUUGAUUUCUAACUCGCCAGGUACCGCCAAAAAGAGGCUCGUUUUAUGUCUGGAACAUUUAGUUGAGAAAAAUCAGCUGUCAGGAACAGCUGCUGAUAAAUUAAAAGAAGAGUUUACGAAUCUCUGCAGUUCGUCGGUAUCCAAAACUCUGUUAUCGUCUUAUCAGUCUCGAGAACAACGGCUAGACCAUUUUUGGCGACAUUUAAUCGAAUGUUCGGGAAAAGAUUAUGUGAACUUAUGGAGCUUCCUAAAAAAAAUUUUAGUACUUUCGCAUGGUUGGAGCGGGGGUUUUCCAUCAACAAAGAAUGCAUUGUUGUUAAGCAAGAAGAACAAAGCUUAGUUGCACAGCGAAUUAUUAGUGACGUUAUAAAUAACGCUGGUGAUGUCACAAGUAUCGAGAUAGAUAAAUCUUUGAUCCAUUACGUUCGAAACGCCCAUUCUAAAUAUAAGGAUUCACUAGAACAAAAAAAGCGACCGGAGACGGAGCGGGAAAAAGAAAUACAGCGUAUAAAAGAGACAGUGCGUGUCAUCAAGAAAUUGGAGUUGAAAAAAGCCAAGUUGUUAUCAGAUGCACAAAAAGCAGCUGGAUGAAGAGAUGAAAGACCUCAAAAAAUAAAAGUGAACACGUGACAUGCUCCUGUUCCAUGUCUGCUGUACGAGAAGGACUAAUGUCAGCACAAUAUGCAUUUUGGGAGGUUGUAUGUAUUCCUAACUGUUGUCUAUGAGACCCUCGUGCCUUGGGUUGUCAUCGUACAAUGUGUAUGAGGCCAUAAAUCAGCUGAGAUUAUCAGUAUUUCUAUAUUCUAA